GUUAGUGGGGAUACGCAGCGGAGCGCACGGCUGAGGACUUUGUACAGCGCAACUCCAACACAAAUGGAUAUUUACGUGGCUUUGCUAUCUUUUUUCUUUUUUACCAAACCAGCUUUGGCUUUCGGAUCAGAUCAAGACUACCAGAUUGAUAUCAUCAAUGAACUUGACCUGGCAAAUGCCACCUAUGGAAUUACCCAAGUGGCGGGUCUUCACAACAGCAGCAAAGCCUUCCUUUUCCGAGAUGUUGGGAGAGCAGUUCACGCCCCGGCACACAUCACAGAGAAAGUGGUGCAGCUGUUCAGAAGUAAAAGUGAGUUUACCUUCUUGGCCUCCAUCCAGCAGAAGUCCUCCACGUCGGGAGUCAUAUUCUCCAUCCACGAGUCAGAACACAGUUACUUUGAGCUGGAGAGCAGCGGGGUGAGAGAGGAGAUCCGCUACCACUACCGCUUCAAAGGCAAGCCGCGCUCCGAGUCCUUCCCCUACCGCCUCGCCGAUGGACAGUGGCACAAGAUCGCCCUCACCAUCAGCGCCUCCCACCUACUGCUGCACGUCGACUGUAACAGGAUUUACGAGCGGGUGAUAGACCCUCCUCAGAUGGAGCUCACCCCAGGCAGUGGAGUGUGGCUAGGCCAGCACAGCCACAAGCAUGGCCUGUUUAAGGGCAUUAUCCAGGAUGUGAAGCUGAUUUUCGCUCCCAACGGCUACAUCACACAGUGUCCUAACCUCAACCGCACUUGUCCGACAUGCAGCGAUUUCCUGAGCCUGGUGCAAGGCAUCAUGGACCUUCAGGAGCUCCUGGCCAAGAUGACCCUGAAGCUGAACUACGCUGAGUCCAGGCUGACCCAGCUGGAGGGCUGUCACUGUGAGAGGACAUGCAGUGCCAAUGGCCUGGUGUACCGGGAUAAGGAGCUGUGGGUGGAGCCCGAAAACUGCAGGAACUGUGCAUGUAAGAAUGGCGUGGUGGAAUGUCGCAGGAUUUUCUGUCCUCCGGCAAACUGUUCAGAGGACUCGCUGCCUGUGCACGUUGAUGGGACUUGCUGCAAGAAAUGCAGACCAAAAUGUACUUACAUGGGCCAGACCUUCUCUGAAGGGCAGCACUUUUUAUCCAGGAGCUGCAGGGAAUGCAAGAAUGGCCUGAUGGUGAAAGUCACCGAAACUUGUCCAGAGAUCAACUGCACCAUCAGUGAACAGAUCUUACCAGACGGCAGAUGCUGCAAUGUUUGCAGAGGUUAUGACUUCUGCGCAGAGGGACUCAUUUGUGGAGAAAACUCAGAGUGUAAAAACCGGAAUACUAAAGCAGAGUGUGAAUGCAAGAGCGGCUAUGCCUCCAUCCACGGGGAUUCUACUUACUGUGAAGAUAUUGAUGAGUGUGCGACCCAGAUGCAUUACUGCCAGUCCAACACGGUGUGUGUCAACCUGCCCGGCAGCCAUCGCUGCGACUGUCUGCCAGGCUUCAUCAGAGUGGACGAAUACUCCUGCACUGAGCAUGACGAGUGUGCCAGCGGCCAAAAUUUGUGUGAUGAGAACGCCAUCUGCACCAACACCAUCAGAGGACACCUGUGUACCUGCAAGCCGGGCUACGUGGGCAAUGGCACCAUCUGCAGAGCCUUCUGUGAAGAGGGAUGUAGGAGCGGAGGGACCUGUGUGUCUCCCAACACGUGCGUCUGUCCCUCGGGAUUUACAGGACGCCGCUGCGAGACAGAUAUCGAUGAGUGUGCAGAGGGCCUGAUUGAGUGCCACAACCACUCCCGCUGUGUCAACCUGCCCGGCUGGUACCACUGUGAAUGCAGAAGUGGUUUCCAUGACAAUGGCUCCUACCUGCUUGAUGGGAGCUCCUGCAUUGACAUUGACGAGUGCAGUUUGCAGACACACACCUGCUGGAAUGACAGUGUGUGUGUAAACCUCCCGGGAGGCUACGACUGUGUGUGCACAUCUGGUCCGGGCUGCAGCGGCGACUGUCCUCAGGAAGAAGGAAUCAGACGCAAUGGAGAAGACUGGAAGCCCAGCUUUGACCGCUGCGCUAUAUGCUCCUGCAAGGACGGGCAGACGUACUGCAGGAGGAGACCCUGUGACUGCGGAGACCCAGACGAGGACCUGCUCUGCUGUCCCGGCUGUGACAACAGGCCCAGCAGCCAGUGUCUGGACCAGAGUGGACGUACGCUCUACCGCAGCGGAGCGUCCUGGCUGUACGGCUGCCAGCAGUGCCGCUGCAUGGAGGGGGAGGUGGAUUGCUGGCCUCUGGUUUGCCCCGUGCUGAUGUGCGAGUACACGGCGGUGGCGGAGGGUGAGUGUUGCCCGCGCUGCGUCACAGACCCCUGCAUGGCCGACAACCUGUCAUAUGACAUCCGGCAGACGUGCGAGGACCCCGCAGGUGUCGCCCGCCUCAGUGGAGACACAUGGCAUAUGCCCAACUCGCCCUGCACCACCUGCAAGUGUAAGAACGGGAAUGUUUGCUGCUCGGUGGAUCUCGACUGCCUUCAGAACAACUAAAGCUCUCUUCCUCCUGUCCUCCUUCUCCGACUGUCCUGCUCUCUCACUACGGGACUGCCACACCCUCCCCUCCUUCAUCUGACGACUCUCCCCUCAGAUUCAUAAGACAGACUCACGCACACACGUGCAUGCCAGUGUGUGCACAGAAAAAUACAAACACGCACUGGACAGACUGGGGUGUUGGAGGCUGUGUUUCUAUGCUAUAACUGUCAACAAACAGUGAGUGUGUGUGUGUGUGUGUGUGUUUGUGGCUCAGGAGGAGACUGAGGCAAUAGUCGCUCUCACAACAGUCACUGUGUUGUGGAUGUGUCUUUGUGUUGUUUCCAUUUCACUACAUGUCUUGUGGAAACCUGUUUAGCGUUGCGUGUCAAACUGAAAACCAGAGACAGACAAGCAACUGAGCGUUAUGAGUCGUCGUUAGGGAUUCACAGCUGGACAGAUGUUGUGGCGCUCCACUGUGUCUGUGGAAAACAGGUGAAAUAUCAAAUAAAAUAACCUUAACCUUAUUUAAGGUUAAUAGAUUUAGAUUUAGUUAUAUCAGUGCACCUAUAGAUUUGUGGUUCUGUGGCCAAAUGUGCAAAAGUAUAAAACAAAUCAGUGCAAACAGUGCAUAACUUCUCUUUACAUACAGUUUAAAUGUUUUAUAUGUCAUCGCUCUUUGCUCCCAAUUCAGAAACUGCAUCGUGUGAUGUCCAUGUUUCUAGAUACGUCUAAUAUGUCAUAAUAAGAAAGCAUGUCCUAUUCUAACAGAUCUUCCUUUUUGGACCAGUAUUUUUUGGACCAUCAAACAGCAUCUGAAAUCCCCUCUCGGCCUUUGAUUGAACAAUUUUUUUAGCUUUCCAAAACAGAGAAAAAUCUGACAAGCUCACCCACUUCAAGCAGUGAUUGGUUAGGUGUGAGGAAGUGAAAGCACGCGGGGCCUGAACUUCUCUCUCAAGCUAGGCCCCCGCUUUUGACUGUGGUUCAGAGGAGGUGUAAACACCGCCUUUAGAUGCAGCUAGAUGACACUUACGGCAAAGCAGUUCACUUCAAGUGUACCACAGUCUUCUGUCUUCGGCUCCUUUUAAAUCACCCACCUUCAUGAGCCGAAUCCUUGGGAGGAUCCGGGCUCUAAAUCGGGACCUAUCUGUUGUCUGCCCUGCUGAGCCAUUAACACUUCUGUUUCCCAACACUUUCCCUCAGCCUCAGUGUCUCCUCUCUGUUGAUGUUGACUGCCAGAUAGUUAUGAAUAACAACAAUAGUCAUGAUAUUAAAAGCUUGUGAAAGCAGCGUGAAGGUGCACAGCAGCACCCUGCGGGCCACAACAAGCAUCAGUCAUAGCUGUUGAUUAAAUCAGCACAGCUUGUGGCAGGGUGGACUCAUGUGGCACCUCCCAGGGCUCCUCAGCUCUCAACCAUAUGGCACGCACAGAGUGUGGCGGAGAGACAUGAAAAAAUGUGGAUAAUUAAAGCCAUGUCACACAGGCCUGGAUUUGAGUAUUCCAGGAGGUCACAGAGUGUUGAAUCUGCUUACAGGCGGCCAGGCUUACGAAGGCAGGAGAAGUCUGGUGCUUUUCCUGCUGCAGUUCAUACUUUCACAGCUCUGACGUGAUCUGCCCUCCUGCUCCGUCCUCUCCUUCACACCUCGCUCCAUUAUCCACAAGCUUGUCUUGAGAGCGCUAACGUUUCCCUCAAGUAUCGUUAUCACCCCGUGUGUCCAUCACUGUUCAUUUUCUUUUUUGUCCCCCUAAAAGAAACCAGAGGGAAACUCCAGCAUGUUCUGAAAAUUUUUCGCAGUGAACUAUGUGCUUUGUCCGUGAAAUGAUUGUCUGAUAACAGCAAAAACUCGCCAGGUUCACCUUUGGGUAAGGGGAAAAAGUUAUUCAGUAAACUUUUGUUAUAAAACCCACUCAACAAUCAGUUAAUUUGAAGCAGGUAAAAUAAUUUGUCUAGAAGUUUAAUUUUCAAAGCUGGUUCAAACAGGUAAGGUCCGCGCUCUACGCUUUCUUCUUCCUCUUUGGUUUUUCUUCACCGUCAGCAUAGUUGCAGAUAUCAGGACUCAUCUUCCCUCUUCAAAAGAAUCCAUUUGCUUCCUCAGAUUGAGAUAAUCCUUCACAGUGAAAGUAAAACCUUCAUUUGUUUUUUUUUUAUGUGAAGUGAAGUAACUUAGAUGGAGCUCUAAAAGUUGUGGUGUUCUCCAUCAGAGGUCACAUUGGAACUCUACAGCUUAGUCCAAACUAUGGCUUUCUGCGAUUUUCCUGUCCCAGAGAAAUACUUGAGGUCCGAAACAAAAAAAUCAUUGACUCUUUGUCGUGAGCAAUCCCACCCGCUACAACAUAUUUCAUAUCAAACAAGAUGCACUUUGGAGACAAGUCGGAUGCAGGAGAUGAACAGUAUCCAAUGAGAGCACACCUUACAUCUGAGGGCAGGAAAUGAGGGACGCAGUGGACUCGUCUAUGGAGUCACAGCUCGUGUGUUUUUGUUCAAUAUCACGAUCAUUCGCUCCAGUUGAGGUUCAGUCCAAAAAUGACAACAGUCUGUAAAAUGUCUUGUAUCGAGAGAAUUACAGCAGUCCUGAGAUUUUGGGAGUGUUGUAGUCUGAGCUAGCGAUAAUAUAUAUAGUAUAUAAUAGUAAUAUAUUUGGAACCACCGUUGGGGUGACCUCCACCAUUUCCCUCCUGCUGACCAUUAUUUAAUGUGAAAGUAGUUCUUGUUUCCGGUCAUUUUUCUGAUCCCUCACACAAACAGUUCCGAAAGAUAUUUUUCUACUGAAAGCGCAUUGUUUGGAUUCCAAAGCUUGGUGGUCAUUUCACUGACUUUUGGGAAAGGUGAUGCUGGUCGUUGUCAGGAGGGAAGGGGCGGUGGCGUGCAGCGAGGUGUGCCGCCGCUCUGACCUCUCAGCCACGUUGUCCUUGUGUCGUCUUUGGUCACCACUACAUCUGUUUGUGUCUCAUCUGAGCAUCCUCCAUUAUCCCAAUGCCUCUUGCAAAACUAAAACUGUCAACUGUGCACAAAGUACGCACACACACACACACACACAAACACACAGAAAAAAAGUGAUGUAAAUGGUAUCUGUACCCAUUGAAGUUGAACACAGCAAUCGAAAGCAGACGUUUGUACAAAAGAUUGCUAUGUUGAUUAAUUUGAUAUGAAAUAUAAUGACUACUGUAAAACACUAUUUGCAAGUCUGUGUGUAAAUGUUUUUACAUACUGACGAUAUGAUAAAAAUUAUACAGUUUUUUAAUUAUCAUUGUGUUCAUGAAUAAUGUGUUAAUUUUAGUGGACUACUUUUCUUUUUGUGAGACAGGUUCUGUUUUGCUGUAAAUACUGUGUAAAGUGAAGGGGUCUGUAAAGAGAGUAAGACUAUGUGAAUAAUUCUCACUAACACAGCUUCUUAGGAUCUGAACGUUGUACGGCGAGUAUGAGAGAGAUGCAACAUUUCUAUUGUUUUUACUAUUUCUUUAUUUUUCUAUUCUUGCCUUAACCCUUUUAGUAUCUGUCAUAGUUUAAUGUCUUUUCACUGUUUUAGGGCAGCAUUAUGGGUUUGAUUAGCCUGUGUGUAUGUACAGAUCUCUGAUCAGUGUCCCUCACUAAAAGCGUCAACAGAAGUGGACUUUGGAAAUCAGACUGAGCGCAGUCUGAGCUCGGACAGGAGCUUGGACGGACUGUUCACCGCACCGACAAGCCAUUUUUUUUUCUUCAACACACGUCUGUAUGAACUGAAAAUUCUCUUCACAAGAAACAGACAUAAUAGAACUAUGUACACAUGUAAAAAAAAAAAAAAAAAAAAUCUAAUGUUCAAAA